CGAGAGCACAUCCGUCUGGCGUUCAAUCAAUCUCGAUCAUGAUGUCUAGCGCGAUGACGAUUCCCGCGUCCGCCGCGCGCGUCGUCUCCCCGGCGCGCCGCGACGUCCGCGCUCUCCGCUCCCGUGCCGGUUCCCGCGCGACAUUUUCAAAGCAGGCCAGGGUCAACAACGAGAUCGUCGCGCGGGCGUUCAGCAUCGUGGAGCCCGCCACGAAGGUGUCGUUCCCGAAGACUUUCAAUCCCCACGGCGGCGACACGAUGCAGUGCAUCGGCGCCGGCGUGAGGGAGAAGAAAAUCGCCAUCAUCAACGUCAAAGUGUACGGCGUCGCCAUGUACGUCGACGCUGCCAAAUGCAAGGAGGAGCUCGCGAACGGCGGGUCUCUCCUCACCGGCUCCUUCGAUAAGGCGCUGCUCGUGCAGCUCGUGCGAGACGUCGACGGGAAGACGUUCUGGGAGGCCCUCGACGAGGCGGUGGGCCCCAGGAUCAGGCGCAUCGCCACGGACAUGGCGACCGCCGAGGAUGAGGACGGCAACUUCAUGGCGUCAGUCGCAGAGGCGGCUGAAGUCGCAGAGGAGAAGGCGAUGGACGAGUGCGAAGAAAUCAAGGGGCUGUUCCAGGGCCGCAAGCUCCGCAAGGACGACAAGGUGCUCAUCUGGUGGUCGCCGAACAAGGGCAAGUUCGAGAUUGGAGUCGUGGGAGGUAUGCCGCUGGAGCUCACGUCCCAACAACUCGCUCAGGCGGUGUUCGAUGUGUACUGCGGCGACGACCCGGUCUCGCCAUCCGCCUUCCAGUCCUUCGUCGCCGGCGCGGCGGCCCUUUGAGCCAACCGCCGUCGGUCAUCACCGUCGAGCACGCCUAUUACUAUUAUUCAUCGCGUCGCAUGUAUCACUUUGCACGUAUCACUCAUCUAUUAGCAGCAGGGUCGGUUGUAUUACAUUAUUUCCUUUG